AUUGAACUCAGGCCCUCGCGCUUGCCAGGGAAGUGCUUAUUCCACUGAAUUCCAUCUCCCCAGCCCUAGUAAAGCUUCUUGAUUAAAUGAGUGUCAACAGGAGUCUCUAUAACCCUGUGUAAAAAGGAAUAGCUGCUGCCACUGUCCACUUGAGAUUCCUACGCUGCCCUGACGUGUCUUGGGCUCACAGAAGGGUGUGAUCACACGUACUUCAUCAUCACACUUACAGGAUGGAUGUUACCAACUUGUCCCAUGGAGGUCUACUUUAUGGGGACCCAGUCUACAGUCACGAAGAAGGGAUAGAGACAGAAGGGACAGUGGCUGACUCCGUGAAAAAUUAUCAAGAUUCAGGGACCAUUGAGGAUGUGGCUGUAGAUGGCACCCACCUGGAAGAACCUUUAAUGAACCCAACACAGAGAAGCAUACAUAGUGAUGUAAUGGUGAAGAACUUGCAGAAGCUGGCCACAGUAGGAUGUCAGACACCUAUCAAACACAGUCCCGUGUCUUACUCGAAAGGAGAAUUGGUGACAGGGCAGAAAGGAGUUCUCCAAGAGUUAGAAAUGCAGUUACAGACCAGAGAUUUAGCACUUCAGCAGGACUUUUUGACUGAACAUACUUCUGGAGGGAUUCAGCUGGACUCUGUGACCUUUGAGGAUGUGGCUGUAGACUUCACCAAGGAGGAGUGGACUUCUUUGGACCCAACUCAGAGAAAUCUUUACAAAGAUGUGAUGCUGGAGAACUACCAGAACCUGUCCACAGUAGGACAUCAGCUGUUGAAACCCAGUCUGAUUUCUUGGUUGGAGGAGGAAGUAGAGUUGACCAUAGUGGAGCAAGGCUUUCUCAAAGAAUGGGAAAUGCACCUUAAAACCAAAAGUGCAGCACUUGAGAAUGAUAUUUUCUGGUCAGAUACAUCAAACAGGAUACAACAGCAGGUAGGAAGCCACAGUAGAGGGGAGCUCUGUGACCCUCAGCACUCUGGAAAAGUCUUCAGUGAACACACCCGCCUUCAGGCACACAUAAGUACUCUGAAUACAGAGGGCACUUCAGAGUAUAAUCAGUGUGAAAAAGACUUCCUUCCACUGGUGGUGAAAACUUGUGAAGAGAAGAUUUCUUUGUUGAACCAGCAGGGUGCAGAGUCCUCCACUGUGUUUCUAGAUACUUUCCAAACAACUUCUACUCAAGAUAAAUCCUCUGAGGGCAGUGACUCUGGGAAAGCCUUUGUUAAUCAGUCACAGCUUCAGAGCCAUAUGAAAACUCACAGUGGAGAAAACCUCUCUGAAAUGGAACAGUGUGGGAAAGCUUUUACUGUCCCUACAAAUGGUGAUAGUUAUGCUCAAAUGCCUACUGAGAAAAAUUUCUAUGAAUGUAAGAAAUGUGGGAAAUUCUUCACACACCCGGCUUACCUUAAUAUUCAUAUGCAGAAUCACCCUGUUGAGAAACCAUAUAAAUGUCAAGAAUGUGGGAAAGCCUUCACGCAGCGCUCCAGCUUAAUUGUACAUCUAAGACAACACACUCGGGAGAAGUCCUAUGAAUGCAAGGAAUGUGGGAAAGCCUUCAUUCAACCGUCACGCCUUACUGAACAUAUGAGAUGUCACACAGGAGAGAAACCUUUUCAGUGUGACCAUUGUGGGAAUGCCUUUGCUUCUUCCUCUUAUCUUACCACACAUUUGAGAACCCACACUGGAGAGAAGCCCUUCGAGUGUAAUGUCUGUGGGAAAGCAUUUACGCGAUCCUCUUACCUUCUUGGACACAUACGAACUCACACUGGGGAAAAACCCUAUGAAUGUAAAGUAUGUGGGAAAGCCUUCAGUGGACGCUCAUGGCUCACCAUUCACUUACGAAAACAUACCGGUGAGAAACCCUAUGCAUGUACUUUAUGUGAAAAAGCCUUCACCAGCUUUGCUCAACUUACUGAGCACACAAAAACUCACACUGGUGAGAAGCCCUUUCAGUGUAAGGUAUGUGCAAGAACCUUUAGGAAUUCGUCAUGCCUUAAGACUCACUUUCGAAUUCACACUGGAAUAAAACCUUAUAAAUGUAAUUUCUGUGGGAAGGACUUUACUGCCCGAUCAGGCCUUACUAAGCAUGUCCUCAUUCACAAUGGUGAGAAACCCUAUGACUGUAAGGAGUGUGGGAAAGCAUUCAGUACAUCCUCAGCGCUUGUUGAACAUAUAAGAAUUCAUACAGGGGAGAAGCCCUUUGAAUGUUACAAAUGUGGGAAAGCCUUGGCUUAUUCCUCAUCUCUUGUUGCACAUUUGAGAUCUCACACUGGAGAGAAACCCUUUCAGUGUAACCUGUGUGAGAAAGCAUUUUCCCGUUCUUCCUACCUUCGCAUUCACAUGCGAACUCACACUGGUGAGAAACCCUAUGAAUGCACGGAAUGUGGGAAAACCUUCCCUGAGCGCUCAUGUCUUACUAAGCAUGUUAGGACACAUACUGGGGAGAGGCCAUAUGAAUGUAAGGAAUGUGGAAAAGGCUUCACUAGCUUUGCUCAACUUACAGUACACAUAAAAACUCAUAGCAGUGAGAGGCCCUUCAAAUGUAAGCUAUGCACAAAAUCUUUUAGGAAUUCCUCAUCCCUUGAGACCCACUUUCGAAUUCACACUGGAGUAAAACCAUAUAAAUGUACUUACUGUGGGAAAGACUUCACUGCACGCUCAGGCCUUACUAUACAUUUACGAAAUCACACUGGUGAGAAGUCCUAUGCAUGCCAGGAAUGUGGGAAAGCCUUCACUACUUCCUCAGGCCUCAUUGCACAUGUACGAAGUCACAAAGGUGAGAAGCCCUUUGAAUGUGACCACUGUGGGAAAGCCUUUGCAUCAUCCUCGUAUCUUAACGUACAUUUGAAGAUUCACACUGGAGAGAAGCCUUUUCAGUGUACAGUGUGUGGAAAGACAUUUACUUGUUCUUCUUACCUUCCUAUUCACAUGCGAACGCAUACUGGGGAGAAGCCUUUUCAGUGUAUGAUAUGUGGCAAAUCAUUUUUAUGGUCCUCUUACCUUCGUGUUCACAUGAGAAUUCACACUGGAGAGAAACCUUAUGUAUGUAAAGAAUGUGGGAAAGCCUUUGCAUCUUCCUCAUAUCUUACUGCACAUUUGAGAACUCACACUGGAGAAAAGCCCUUUGAGUGUGCAGUAUGUGGAAGAGCAUUUACACAUUCCUCCUACCUCCACAGAUAUGUGCAAAUUCAUACUGGUGAGAAGCCCUAUGAAUGUAAGGAAUGUGGGAAAGCCUUCACUGAGUGCUCAUGUCUUACUAAACACUUAAGAAUACAUAUUGGGGAGAAGCCCUAUCAGUGUCAGGAAUGUGAGAAAGCCUUCAUUAGCUUUCCUCAACUUGCUGAACAUGUAGAAACUCACACUGGUGAGAAGCCUUUUAAAUGUCAGGUGUGUGGAAAAUCCUUUAGAAACUCCUCAUGUGUUAAGAAACACUUGGGGCUUCACAUGGGGGAGAAGCCAUACAAGUACAAAGACUGUGGUAAAGCCUUCACUACUUCCUCACACCUUAUUGAACAUCCUAGAAGUCACACAGGAAAGAAACCUUUUGAGUGUGACCAGUGUGGGAAAGCCUUUGCUUCCUCUUCAUGUCUUAAUGUACAUUUGAGAACUCACACUGGAGAGAAGCCCUCUGACUGUACAGUGUGUGGCAAAGCAUUUAAGUGUUCCUCCAACCUUUGUAGUCACAUGCAAGCACACACUAGAGAGAAACCCUAUGAAUGUACAAACUGUGGGAAAGCCUUCACUGAGCACUUAGGCCUUACUAAGCAUUUAAAAACACACACUGGGAAAAAACCCUAUGAAUGCAAGGAAUGUGGAAAAAAUUUUAAAUACUCUGCCAAUCUUAAUAUUCAUAUGCGAACCCAUACGGGGGAGAAACCUUAUCAGUGUAAGGAGUGUGGGAAAGCCUUUUCUAGAAAUUCCUCAUGCCUUAAUGAUCACUUUCGUGUUCACACUGGACUGAAACCCUACAAAUGUAAGGACUGUGGCAAAGCAUUCACAGGGCGCUCUGGCCUUAGUAAACAUUUACCAACUCACACUGGAGAGAAGCCGUAUGAAUGUAAGGAAUGUGGGAAGGCUUUCACUUCUUCCUCUGGCCUUAUUAAACACAUGAAAAGUCACACAGGAGAGAGGCCCUUUGAAUGUGACUACUGUGGAAAGGCUUUUGCUUCUUCUUCAUCCCUUAUCACGCAUUCGAGAACCCACACUGGAGAGAAACCUUUUGAGUGUAAGGUAUGUGGAAAAGCAUUCACGUGUUCUUCUUACCUUCGCAUCCACAUGCGAACUCACACUGGAGAAAAACCCUAUGAGUGUAAGGAAUGUGGCAGAGCCUUCACUGAGCGCACAAGCCUCACUAAACACCUACGAACACACACUGGAGAGAACCCCUUUGAAUGUCAUGUAUGUGGGAAAGCAUUCGCCUGUUCCUCCUACCUUCACAAUCACAUACGAACUCACACUGGUGAGAAACCUUACACAUGUAAAGAAUGUGGGAAAGCCUUCACUGUUUCCUCGCACUUAAGUAAACACAUAAGAAUUCACACAGGUGAGAAACCCCAUAAAUGCGAGGAGUGUGGGAAAGCCUUCACUGUGCGCUCAGGCCUCACUAAACAUGUGCGCACUCACACUGGGGAGAAGCCCUAUGAGUGUAAGGAAUGUGGGAAAGCCUUCACCACGUCCUCAGGCCUCCUCGAGCAUAUAAGAAGUCACACAGGAGAGAAACCAUAUGAAUGUGACCAGUGUGGGAAAGCUUUCGCUUCCUCCUCAUACCUUAUUGCACAUUUAAGAAUUCAUACUGGAGAGAAGCCCUUUGAGUGUAACAUGUGUGGGAAAGCAUUUACAUGUUCCUCCUACCUUCACAUUCACAUGCGUACUCAUACUGGGGAAAAACCCUAUGAGUGUAAGGAGUGUGGCAAAGCCUUUACUGUUUAUUCACACCUAAGUAAACAUGUGAAAACUCACAGUACAGAGAAACCCUAUAAAUACAAGGGUUGUGAGGUAGCCUUCAAUUCUUCUCAUCUUUCUGAACAUGUAAAAACACUGGAGAGAAGCCCUUUGAAUAUAAGGAGUGAAGAAACUAUUCUAGGAAGUCCACUUGCCUUAGUAUUACAUUCAAAUUCACAGUGGCAAGAAACCUUAUCAAUGUAAGCCACACGUAGUGUUCAUUUGCCCUGGUUACUUCAGACUUGAAAGAAUAAAGAACAAUGUAAAGUCAAUGUAAAAAAUAUAAAUCAUCAGAGUCAGCUUACCAUCCAGCUUACAAGGACUCAUUCUGAAGCUGUACAAUGCCAGAAACAUGGAAAGACUUCCCUGUCUUGAGAUCUCACUUAAAUAUGCAAGAUCUUUCAAUGAAGAGAAGCUAUUGAUGCAACACGUGGGAAAGCUGUAGCUGCUAAGCACUUUGAUGGUUGCCUGUGAUAUCACAGUGGACAAAGAUUUUGUGGAAGUAAAUGCUAAAAAGUACCAUUGUUUACAUUAUUUCUCAACUUCUAAUAAAAUAAUUCUUAUUUGAGAAACUACUCAUGUAUGAAUAUGAAGAUUGCUUCUCUGUUCUACAAUCCUAUAUGCUGAAGAGAUGGCUUUCUUAUGGUUUUGAAGAUUUAUUUUGAAUAUUUGCAGUUUCAGUAUUUGCAGUGUUUUUGAAUAUU